AUGGCAAAAGGCAUCAACGUAUCUUGCACUUACCUUCAGGACGAGCAAGGGAAUCCUGUCUCUGCUCAGCGUGCCAAGGCAAUCCAACAGCUUAUGCUAUCAAGCUUUCGUCAACUCGAGACACAAGGUCUCGCACCUGAAUCAAUUGGUCAAGCCUCAUUGCAAGUUUUACGUUGGCUCACUCACACGCUAUGCAAACAAUUCCUCAAACUUUGUUUAUGUGCUGAUAACAGGAAAUCCAUGAAAUUGAUGAUAGACAAUUACUCUCAGUGGUAUAACUACCAUGUCAAGAGGAGAGGUACCAAACACAUCAAGUCCGAAGAUAUCCCUCUUGCUGGCAACGAGCUGCGCGAGAGUUCUGUCAACACCCUACAUUCCAUAUCUACGUCUGAUCCCUUGUCUUCCCAUGACUCCCUUGAUCCUAUGGUUGACCCGCUGCUUCAAGAACCACCAACUAAGAAACAGAGACUCGAGGAUGCCAAGAACACCACCAGUGAAGUGCUCCUACAACUAGAGAUCCCUUUACCACCUGCCGAAAUUGACGAACCUGCGCUACCGUCCCUGUCCUUAGAAAAUGAGAAGCAAACAGAGACUCUUAACAUGGAGGUCAAGAAUCUGUUGGCAGGAUUUGUAUUCAAACCCACCACCACAACAUCCUUCACACCUACUCCCUUCUCGUCUGGUGCAAGUUCUACCAAUACAAUGCCACCCGGGCCUUCCAGGAUGCCACCAUCAGUGGCUGAUGUGGCUUCACUUGCCGUCAACAUAGAGUUAGUGGCAACAGAGAACACUAUCACGAAGGCCGCGAAUACGAUUGUGAACACACAGCCCGUCAAGAAACGGCAGCCAAGCUUGAAGCCAAUCAAUAUAUGCGCCCUUGACUGGCAAAAAAACGGUCACCAGUGGGAGCUGGCAAGUGCAUUUGCACUCUACUGGGACAACCUAUCUGCUAGCAUCAAGGAGGAGUACAAAAGCAAGGCAACUGCCCAAGCUCAUUCUUCUUCAACACAGCAGGCCGUUGAUGGGGAGGACGCAAUCAAUGUUGACGAGUAG